CCUAUGUGUUUAUAAAGUCUGUACUACAAGCCAAAGUGGUCUGUACUUGCCCUGUUCAUAGCGUCUGGCAAGAAAUCAGAAUAUAUCUGUCCAUUUCGUGAAAACCUUGAGUACCAGGGACAUUUCAUGCAUACUGGGACCUCUGAUCAUCUACCAGUAAUGAGUAUCAAGCUGAGUACCAGCCCACAUCACGCACUGGGGGAACCUGUUUGUUAUCUAGAUCCGAACAAGAGGUGGAGUUUGCUGACAGUUAAAGACCCAACUGCAGUGCAUUUCAGAGGCGCCAAACAGCAUAAGGGCAUGCCGCUGGCACUCUGGGCUCCGAAACAAGGGGAAGGUGACAGACACAUAUGGGAAGAGCACUGCUUAGAGGCUGAAGACUGAAGAAUCAGACAGAGACAUGACCAGCGUAAGCUCUGACUUUCUUACUUCAAACUCUGACAAUAGGAAAUGCUGUCGCCCCCACCUCUCUUUCCCAGGACCAUUUUCCUGAAGGGGCCCAAUCAGCCCCCCCACACCAAGCAGGACUCUGCAGUAGGUUCAGACACCCAAGGGCCUACAGAUGUAGAGAACUCCCAGACCAGCCAAAUUCACAGAAGCCAGUUGCGGGACUCCAAGAAGCCUCUCCCACCAUUACCUGGAGUGGCGUCACGUUCGGGGACCAGCUUUGACGAUUCCAAGUUGACUGUGAGCCCUGACAGAGCAACGGAGGCUGACAAGGACACAGAGGUCACCGACACCAAGGGAAGCCAGGAAUUGCACUGGAAGACCCUCCCAGCACCACCCACAUGUACAUCCCAGUCGGAGCACAUCUAUGAAGAGCCCCACUUCAUCACCAACAGCCAGCAGAUGCAGGAGGACUCCAUGGUCAUGGUGUCUCCCCGCCUGCCGCCUCCUGUACCCCCCAAGCCCUUACAGCCCCUCCAGCCGCCCAUCAGUGGGCCAUGUGCUGCCUUCGACCCCCAGUGUUCCCAUGACGAUGAGGCAGGAGCAGAGACGAGUUUGAAGUUCCCCAAAAGUGGUAGUUUGCCACGUCCCGCACGACAGCCGCCACCGCUGCCCCAGAAACCUGUCUACCCGCUGGAAUGUGGGCAGACUCCCGUGUACUUGGACAUACUGUCAAAUAACACCCUGCAGGAUGAAGGUUCUUCCUCGGGGUCUUUCCACAAGCCGCUCCCCCCAUUGCCCAAAACGAGGCCCCCCUCCCUGAACCGGAACACCCCAGGCAGCCAAGACGCACGUGACAGACAGAGGUCGCAGGAAACAGACGAGCUGGCGGAAUGGUGGAGCUCAGUGCAGCCCUGGGGAGCCGUAUCGCUAGAGCACGGGGCCGGCGAGGAAGAUGAGACAGAAAUAUUCCAUAUGAAAGUGAACAGAAUCCAGAGGGGAAUCGAAUUCUUCCUCCACCUUCUGCGGAAGCACAGUGGCGCGUUUGGGGAUCACAUAACCCAGCUGAAUGCUGUUGCUGACAAGUUUGACAAAUCAAGCAAGAGCCUGAAGGUCAGGGCCAUUACCGGGGGCACUACGGGAGCCCUUGGGGGCGUGGCCACCGUGACGGGCAUCGUCUUGGCCCCCCUGACCAUGGGCACCUCACUAGUGGUGACAGCAAUGGGGGUGGGAGCGAUAGCGGCCGGAGGGGUGACAGGGGCCAGUGCCGCCAUAUUGAACAAGAGAUGGAACAGUACCGGCCGUAAGACAGUGGAGAAGAUAGUGGAUGAGUACAGAGCUGAGGUGAAGGACAUCGACCAGAGUCUGGAAUUUGUUGCCAUGGGGGUGAGCGAGCUUGAGAAGCACGACGUCUCCCGUCUGAUGUGCGAUGGGGAUUCCCUGGUGGUGCCCAGGGAGGUGCAGCUGGCUGUGCACAACCUCAGCUUCAUUCAGGCAGCAACCAGAUCCAGCGGCAUCCUGCAGGGUUUCGCCCAGCAUAUGGACGGCUGCUUCCCCGAGGAGGAAAGCCAGAAGUCAAAGAAAGACUCCUCCAACAAAUAUUCCACAAGUGUCCGGGAACUUGCUCAGCAGCUGCAGAACGGCCUGGAUGAUCUCAACAGCCUCAAGGAGAUAUUCUCCACAGCGGAGCUGUAGUCCUUACCUCUACUGUUCUGUUCCUGUACAUGAUCACGUGACCCUCAUCUACUAUUGACUCGCUGAGGAUCAGUAAGUUUUUCUGUAGGAAUCUAGCACUGCUUCCAUAUGCACACCAGGGGGCACCAUAAUUACUGUUUCGCUUUACGACACAAUUUCUCAAAUAACCAGAGAAGUAAUACAAAAUAACCUACUCAUAAUUCAUCCAUUUUCUAACUAUCUAUUCUGGAGGGCGAAGCCUAAUUUCAAUAAAUCAGCAUUCAUUUUCAGAAAAUUUA